AUCGAAUGGGCCAUAGCAUCUAUGACAAAGGCUACUAAUACCUCGUCACAAGAAGCUAAACGAGAACGCUUAUCACGAAGUGACGCCAGGACACUGGAAGGGAAGGAGCAAGAUUCAGCACAAGGAAACAGCAAUCAAGAUGAAAGCUACGUACCUUCAAGAUCGACAGAGUUGACAAUCAACACGAGCUUACAACCAUCCUCAGCUUUCACUCAAUACAAUUUUCGGAGUAAAAACAUGAUACCUCGUACACAUUCAAACCAAAGGAAGACUAGCCAACAAAUCCAAGAAGCCACACUCACGGCAGCAGGUCCACAAAAGACACAAACACAGUUUCAUGGUGACAGUGUUUACAAAGAAAUUGAGGUGUUGCAACAACAUCUGGCAAAGAUAGAAGCAGGCAGGCAGAGGUAUGUAGAACCAGCACACACAGUUUCAGUAGAAAAAGCCUUUAUAGACGACAUCAUCAGGGAACCUGUGCCAUCAAACUUCAAAACUCCGCAGCUAGCUGAGUACGAUGGAACUCAAGACCCAGUGGAGCACGUGCAAGGAUAUAGAAUGGCAAUGAUGGUAUAUGGAGCCUCGAAUGCCCUAUUAUGCAAGCAGUUCCCAGCAACUUUCAAGAAAGCUGCGCAGGCUUGGUUCGCAACAUUACUAGAAAAAUCUAUCCAUACCUUUGAUCAAUUUGCGAACAUGUUCAUCAAUCACUUCACUGCCAGCAGAGCUCCCCGAAAGACUAACCAUCAUCUCCUAACAAUUAAACAAAAAAUAGGAGAGUCACUAAGAGCCUACAUAGCAAGAUUUCACAACGAAGCUGUGCAAGUAGAACGAUUGGACCAAAGCGUGGCAAUGCAUGCUCUAAUGGACGGACUUAAAGACUCAAGUCUCCAUAGAUCUCUAAACAAGCGAGAACCCACCAGCCUUAAUGAUCUCUUAAGAAGGGCGGAAGGAUACAUCAGAGCAGAAGAAAGGGCGGCAGUAAAAGAAGCACAAGAAACAUUAAAUUCAGAAAGAAAGCGGAAAAUAGAAAAAGAUAUAGAUAAUGAAAGUACCAAAGACAGAAAACAGUCAAGAUACAACUACCUCCAUAUUUGAAGAAGCUUUGUUACAAUCACAUUCAACCACAUCAAAUGAUGAAUCAAAUUCUACAAGGCAAGAUAGACAUCUCAAAAUUCUACAUGCACAAAUCUUAAAAGAAAGCUGCGAUCCCAGCUAAGUAUAUUUACUUUUUAAUUCUCUAAUUUUCAACCUCAAUAAUCAUGCAAGUUAUUGUGUUUUUAAGAAAACUAACCUUUCUUUUGGGAGAAGGCCACAUAGGCCAAAAAGCUCCAAGCAAAGGAAUUCAAUUACAAGAUGCACAAGUCUAACAAGAGUUAUGAGACAAAAAGUCACAAAGCAAAAAAGCUGCGAGCAAGUUUGGAUGUACAUAAAUAUCCAAACAAAAGUUACGCAAGCAAGAAGAAGCUGUGAGCAAGUUUGGGUGUACAUUAAAAUACCCAAGCAGAA